CCUCCAACCACCACCACCACCACCACCACUAAGCAAUGUCUGAACGCAAAGUCCUCAACAAAUACUUCCCCCCGGACUUUGACCCGGAUCUCAUUCCGCGUCGAAAAGGGCCCAAGAAUUCACAGCAGGUAGUUCGAUUAAUGGCUCCCUUUUCCAUGCGCUGUAAUACCUGCGGAGAAUACAUCUACAAGGGCAAAAAGUUCAAUGCCCGCAAAGAAACAGUAGACGGUGAGGAUUACUAUGGAAUCAAGAUAUUUCGGUUCUACAUCAAAUGUACACUCUGUUCAGCGGAGAUCACGUUCAAGACAGACCCCAAGAAUACAGACUAUGCUGCCGAACAUGGUGCUUCUCGGAAUUUCGAACCAUGGAGAGACGAACAAGCAGUUCAGGAGGAGGACAGGCUAGCGAAGCUUGAGGAAGAGGAGAACAACCCUAUGAAGGCGCUAGAAAACCGGACCACGGAUUCCAAACGGGAAAUGGACAUUUUGGAUGCUCUACAAGACAUCCGUGCCCGGAAUGCGAGAAAUGAACGAGUGGGAAAUACUGUUGACUUGCUGGACCGUAUAGGGUUGGAGGAAAUAGAGUCGGCGGAGGAUCUUGAGCGUAAAAAGCUGGAGGAAGAAGAUGAGAAAUUGGUGAGGGCCGUCUUCUCCAAGGUUUCGAUGCCAGGCUCUUCGACGGACUCUACUCCGGAAGACGUGAUAACCGUGAAACGGAAAGCAGACGAUGUUGAGCCAGACGUACACAGCCUGUUGCCUGACUCUACCCGAGCACUAAUAUCCACCAAAAUGUCGUCAGUGAAGAAGGCUAAAAAGAAUACCUUAGGAAUUAAGAUGGUGAAAAAGGUGAAGACAUAGCUACAAUACUGUUGUAUAUUAGGGUUAGGGUUGUAUAAUACUUAUUUCUUAC